GUUUAUAAUCUUCUACAAACUUUUCUCUGGACAGGGAGUCGGUUUACACCGACGGGACUUUACCCAAAGUCUUUAAAUAACGGGAAGGUAUGCUUCGGCUUACCGCUAUAUAUCGGAACCAUGUGGUAAGAGCCCUUCAGCCACUACAGGUGCCAAUAACGUGUCUUAUCAAUUCAUGAUGUUAUUGUAAAGCAUGUAUUAUCUGAUCCAUGUGAAGUCAAAUAAAAAUUACUGAUUUUGUUUAUAUACCAUUGGUUCAUUCUUGACAAACUUUCAACAUUCAUCAAGUUUUCAUUUGUUUUACUAGGCUUAAGUACAUUCCAAGGCCGAAGAUGCAGGUGUGUGUACUUGGAGACCAGCAGCAUUGUGAUGAAGCUAAGCAGUUGAGUGUGCCUUGUAUGGAUGCCGAAGCAUUGAAAAAACUUAAUAAAAACAAAAAACUUGUCAAGAAAUUGGCUAAAAAGUAUGAUGCCUUUCUUGCAUCUGAAUCGCUCAUCAAACAGAUCCCACGUCUUCUUGGCCCUGGCCUGAAUAAGGCUGGCAAAUUUCCUGGCCUGCUUUCCCACCAGGAGUCUAUGACCAUGAAGAUUGAUGAAGUCAAAGCUACUAUUAAGUUCCAGAUGAAAAAGGUACUUUGUCUCUCUGUGGCUGUAGGACAUGUAGACAUGACACCUGAUGAACUCGCACAAAAUGUCCAUUUGUCAAUCAACUUCCUAGUUUCCUUGCUGAAGAAGCACUGGCAAAAUGUGCGGUCCCUACAUAUGAAGUCUACGAUGGGCCCACCUCAGAGACUGUACUAAAAUGACUAUUAUACUUGACUUCAACAUAAAA